AUGGCAAGCUAGUCUUAGACGGAUCUUGACUUUUACCAAUGGCAAGUGGGAGGUUCUUAAAUUCUCUUCAAAGCUUGGGAUUCAUAUUUCUGUGGCUGUAGCCUACAAGUAUCCACUUCCUUCUGAUGCAAGUGAUUGAUAUGGCUCGAUUUUUAUCCGAUGUACCUACAGCAAGGUCGGCCUUGGAGCACCUCCUUGGAGGUGUUGCUCUUUAACUUGUCCUUGCAGCAAUGGAGAAUGACGAAGAGAUCCCACUUCUCACUCCAUUCCAGCUGGGGCCAUUUCUGUUAAAUCAUAGAGUUGUGCUCGCACCAAUGACAAGAUGUCGAUCUUACAGGAGCAUUCCACAACCUCAUGCUGCUGUCUACUACUCGCAACGUGCAACUCCUGGAGGUCUUCUCAUAGCAGAAGCAACUGGAGUUUCAGACACGUCCAUGGGGUACCCUUGUACACCCGGAAUCUGGACGCAAGAACAAGUAGAGGCCUGGAAACCGAUUGUGAAAGCCGUUCAUGACAAGGGUGCUGUGUUUUUUCUUCAAAUCUGGCACGUCGGGAGAUUGUCCCACACUUCUUAUCAGCCAAAGGGACAGGCUCCUAUAUCCUGCUCGAGCAAGCGUGCCCCUGGUCCUUCACCGUCGGGUGACAUACUCGAGUACUCCACCCCACGGGCUCUAGAAACUCGUGAGAUCCCGCUGCUCAUCCAGGACUUUUGCACCGCAGCUCGGAACGCCAUUGAGGCCGGCUUCGACGGCGUUGAGCUCCAUGGAGCUCACGGCUACUUGAUCGACCAGUUUCUCAAGGAUGGUAUCAACGACAGAACAGACGGAUACGGUGGCUCUGUCGAGAACCGCUGUAGAUUUUCUCUGGAGCUGGUUGACGCCGUGGCGAAGGAGAUUGGUUCCCAGCGCAUUGGCUUCCGCUUCUCGCCGUUUUCAAACUUCAGCGACUCAGCGGAUUCCAAUCCCAUGAAGCUAGCUGUUUUCCUGGCCGAGGCACUCAACAGGUACAACAUCUUGUAUGUUGCGGAGCCAAAGGUCAAGCUCUCUGGCGAGGUGGAGUCGGAGUUGUGGCCAGUGAGGCGAGCAUUCAAAGGUGCGUUCCUGGCAGCCGCGGGAUUCGACAGGGAUUCUGGGAACGCAGCGAUUGAAACGGGGCUGGCCGACUUGGUUGUCUACGCCAGGCACUUUCUCGCAAACCCGGACUUGCCAAGGCGGUUCCAGCUCAAUGCCCCGCUCAAUCUCUACGACAGGAACACGUUUUUCUCGCAUGAUCCAGUGGCUGGAUACACGGAUUAUCCAUUCCUUGAAGAGUCUACUGGGUAACAUCAAUAUUUUUUAUCUAUCUUACUCCAUUUCUAUGCCUUUUCUUUGUAAGAUCGUCAGGAUGGAAACUUGUGUUGAUAGAUUGUGAAAACGUGUUAAUAGACAAUGAGAAACAUACUUCGAUUGAACAAA